CUGGAAGCAGUUCUGACAGACGGCUGCUAUGCAGUAUUUUGGUGUACAGUUUAUAAGAGACAAGUGGGCCCUGUGCUCUAUCUUGUUUUUUCUUCAAAGCAUAUUUCUGGAGAGCACAGAGUCCCAGAGUCAGGAAUGUUAUAAAGUCAGGCUGGAAACCAGAAAUAAGUAACAUGACUAAACAUUUGUAUGUUUUUUUGUUUUGUUCUGAGACGGAGUCUCGCUCCAUUGCCCAGGCUGGAGUGCAGUGGUGCAAUCUCGGCUCUACUGGAACCUCAGCCUCUUUGAUACAAACGAUUCUAAUGCCUCAGCCUCCCAAGUGGCUGAGAUUACAGAUUGUUGUCGGGAUACUAGAUUUCCUACUCGGAGAGGCCCGGGUCCCUUCGCCACUUCUGUCUCUCUGCCGCCUGCACUGUGACCUGCACUAUUCACGGGAGCCCUAGAGAGGACCCCAGGACACCCGGAAGCCGGGAAAUGAUGUUUCAGGAUUCUGUGGCCUUUGAGGAUGUGGCUGUGAGCUUCACCCAGGAAGAGUGGGCUUUGCUGGAUCCUUCCCAGAAGAAUCUCUACAGGGAUGUUAUGCAGGAAACCUUCAAGAACCUGACCUCUGUAGGAAAAACAUGGAAAAUUCAGAACAUGGAAGAUAAGUACAAAAAUCCCAGGAGAAAUCUAAGUCUUAUGAGAGAGAAACUCUUUGAAAGCAAAGAAAGUCAUCACUGUGGAGAAAGCUUCAACCAGAUUGCAGAUGACAUGCUGAACAAGAAAACUCUUCCUGAAGUAAUACCGUGUGAAAGCAGUGUGUGUGGAGAAGUUGGCGUGGGUCACUCAUCUCUUAAUAGGCACAUCAGAGCUGACACUGGACACAAGUCUUCUGAGUAUCAGGAAUAUGGAGAGAAUCCAUAUAGAAAUAAGGAAUGUAAGAAAGCCUUCAGUUAUCUUGACUCCUUUCAAUCACAUGAUGAAGCUUGCACUAAAGAGAAACCCUAUGAUGGUAAAGAAUGUGCAGAAACCUUCAUUUCCCAUUCAUGCAUUCAAAGACACAAGGUGAUGCACCGUGAAGAUGGACCUUAUAAAUGUAAGUUUUGUGGGAACGCUUUCUUUUUUCUCAGUUUAUGUCUUAUCCAUGAACGAAUUCACACUGCUGUGAAACCAUAUGAGUGUAAACAGUGUGGUAAGGCCUUUACUCGUUCCACUACCCUUCCAAUACAUGAAAGAACUCACACAGGAGUGAAAGCCAAUGCAUGUAAGGAAUGUGGGAAUGCAUUCAGUUUUCCUAGUGAAAUUCGUAGACAUAAAAGGUCUCACGCUGGAGAAAAACCCUAUGAGUGUAAGCAAUGUGGGAAAGUCUUCAUUUCUUUCAGUUCCAUUCAUUAUCAUAAGAUGACUCACACUGGAGAGAAACCCUAUGAAUGUAAGCAAUGUGGGAAAGCCUUUAGAUGUGGCUCACACCUUCAAAAGCAUGGAAGGACUCACACUGGAGAGAAACCCUAUGAAUGUAGGCAAUGUGGUAAAGCCUUCAGAUGUACCUCGGACCUUCAAAGGCAUGAAAAGACACACACUAGUGAUAAACCCUAUGGAUGUAAGCAGUGCGGUAGAGGCUUUAGAUGUGCUUCACAACUUCAAAUUCAUGAAAGGAUGCACAGUGGAGAGAAGCCCCAUGAAUGUAAGGAAUGUGGAAAAGUAUUCAAGUAUUUUUCUUCCUUGCAUAUACAUGAAAGGACGCACACUGGAGAGAAGCCCCAUGAAUGUAAGCAGUGCGGAAAAGCAUUCAGGUAUUUCUCUUCCUUGCAUAUACAUGAAAGGACACACACUGGAGAUAAGCCAUAUGUGUGUAAGGUCUGUGGCAAAGCCUUCACUUGUUCCAGUUCCAUUCGAUAUCAUGAAAGGACUCACACUGGAGAGAAGCCGUAUCAAUGUAAGCACUGUGGUAAGGCCUUUAUUUCCAAUUACAUUCGAUAUCAUGAAAGGACUCACACUGGAGAGAAACCCUAUCAAUGCAAGCACUGUGGCAAAGCCUUUAUUCGUGCCAGUUCAUGUCGAGAACAUGAAAGAACUCAUACCAUUAAUAUAUGAGAAAUCCUGUUAGUGGAAGAAAUAGGAGAAGCUUUCUGUUGUCCCACUUCCUUUGAAACACGAGAAAAGAGAGUGGUGAAAGGACCUCUGGAUAACUGCCUUUUGAAUUGAGAAGAGAGACCUGCAAAAGGACAAUAACGUCUAGAAGGACUUGGAUGGUUCUGUAAUACAAUUCACCUAUAGCCAAUCUUGCAUGAGAUUUCAAAGGCACAGAAAAGGAAGGCAUCAGUCACACAUUAGAGGCACCACACAGGGAGAGAGAUGUGUGGCUACCUGCUUCCAGCCCAUUUUCCUGAUUCUUUCACUUGUUAAUCGAGAGUAUCCCCCAGCCGGGCGCGGUGGCUCAAGCCUGUAAUCCCAGCACUUUGGGAGGCCGAGACGGGUGGAUCACGAGGUCAGGAGA